AUGUCGUCCACUCCACUCCGCAAGAUCCUCAUCGCAGGCGCCAGCGGCUCCCUCGGAAGCGCGCUCCUUACGGCCCUCUCCAGCAACCCAAACUUCGAGGUCGCCAUCCUCACCCGCGCCUCGUCCACCUCUCGCUCCCGCUUCCCCCCGCACAUUCCCGUCCUCACCGUCUCCGACGCCUUCACCCUGGUCGAGCUGACGGAAGCCUUCCGCGGCCAAGACGCGGUCAUCAACGCGCUGUCGACCGAGCCCGUCACGCGCGACGACCUGGGCAUGCGCUUCGUCGACGCGUGCAUCGCCGCGAGCGUCAAGCGCUUGAUCACAGGCGACUUCGGCGCCGACAAUUUGAACACGGAGGCGCAGGCGACGGUUCCGGUCUACAAGGCGAAGGGGGAGGUGAUCGAGUACUUGAAGAAGAAGACGGAGCAAGGUGGUGUGGGGUUGACGUGGACGGCGUUGGGGACGGGCAGUUGGCUGGACUGGGCUCUUGACAAGCAAUUCCUUAAGAUCGAUGUGCCGGGCAGGAAGGCGAAGAUCUUUGACUCAGGAACACACAAAUUCACCGUCGUUACGGUGGCGAAUGUCGCUCUGGCAACCGCUCGGGUGCUGCUAAACCCUGCUGCGACGGCGAAUCGCUACCUCUUCUUCCAGGACUUUGCAUGUUCGCAGCGCGAUAUCAUCGCAGAGCUUGAGCGGCAAUCGGGCGAGAACUGGGCGAUCGAAAACGUGGUGAGCGAAGAGGAGAUUGCGAAGGCGAGGAGAAUGUUGGCGGCGGGCGACUCCGGGGCCGUGUAUGACUUGCUCGCGAUCAGUUUCGUUGGUGAUGCGAAGGUGCCUAGAGGUACGUGGUUCGAGGAGACGGGCUUGGAGCUAGCGAAUGAGUUGAUUGGAGGCCUGCCGAGGGUGACUUUGGAGGACGUUGUUAAGGAAGCGUUGAAGACGGCACAGUAA